AUGCGUUUGACUGAUUGUCAGCUUGGCGAUGCAUAUCAGGAUGACGUUAGACACGAAGUGAUUCAGAAGCUUAAAGACAACGACGACUGUUGGGAAAGCGAUGAUGUAGGAGGGAGAUAUCUGGAACACGUCAAAAAUCUCAUCCCAAUGUGGCCACAACUUGAGCUUUUGGCAGACUUCAUGGGAGUCGGAACGAUACCAACGAGAUGGCAGAUAUUUCCAGGAGAAAUCGAUUUGCUUGAUACAAAACGGUAUACAUACGUGCAGAAUGGCAUCACGGACAAGAGGGAAACGCAAAGGCAGCGGUCACAACGAGUCAACGUCACUUUAUUGCAAUAUCAUGACGGGGAAGUAACAGAUUCUGACCCCAUUCUCAACGCUGAGAGUCUCUUGCGAAAGGCUGAGAGUGUUAAAGCUAGCAAUAUCGCAGCCCAUUUCAAUCUCUUUGUAGUCGAAGACCUGUCAUCCGAGGUUAUUGAGAUAUUGGGAUCAACUUUCGGUAUCGACCCUCGAUUUUUCCGUGCGCAUAUUAUUGAUUACGCAUGGAACAAUGUAAGAGACCGUUGGCGAGAACCACCAAUACUUGAUCUUGACGCGAGGAAACGAGACUGGUUUCAGCUCCGUCUGAUCCGGUCCCGGUACUUCUCUGACCAAGAAGAAUUCGACGAUGCAAAGAAGGAAAUCGACCAGUGGAAUGUCUUUCGGCGUAUGGAUGCCGACAACAAUGAGAUAUUCUGGGAUAAGGAUGUACGAACGCAACCCAAAAGAGUUGUUAAUGGAAGGGUCGGACACAUACGCAGUCGCAUGGCUUUCUGGCGGCAAUCUAGCAUUGGUGUGAUUCUCUUGGACCCGACGUUAAGAGCUGGGUACCCUCUUUGGCGGGGAUAUGCGAGUUGGUAUCCUUUCCCAGAGUUUCCUUCCGAUCGAGGACUAAGAGAGGAUCUUUCGCAUAUCCCACCGUCGUUGCGGCGUCCGAAGCCAGGAGAGGCAAAUGAUAGGCCCGAAGAUCUGCAGGCCAGCCUGUUCAAUGAUUUCAUUUUCUGGGCUCAACAUACUCCAGUAUGCCAGUCGUCAGGUGAAUCCUCCCCAUGCAGGAAACCAUUUGAGGCCAUGCUACGACUAUUCUGUGCUGAGUGGCUUAUCUUUACUGAUUUCAUCAACACUCGCCUCAAUCAAAUUGACUGGGGUAUCGGAAACCCUGGGUUCUUCCCGGAUUCAGACAGUCGCGAGCAAAGCCUGCAGAAAUUGCAUUUCUGGCGGCGAUGGACUUUUCAGUCUAUCGAUACAUUCAAAAGGAAUAUGCGUCAAGUUGAGAAUUUCCAGAAGCAGAGAAAAAGUUCUGAAACAGAUAUGACUUUCAAAGAGGACUUUGAGUCUAUUUUAUCGUAUUUGAAUAGCGCGGAACAGCGAGUGACCAAUCUCGGUGCUGUUGUCAAUUCCGCGAUCGGCCUCGAAGAUGCACGAAACACAUCGAAGUUAACAGUGUUGGCUUCCUCAUUCGUACCUCCAAGCCUUCUUGCAGCCAUUCUAUCUAUGAACACUGAGCCGCUGUCUGGAAUCUACGACGCACUGUUCUGGUGGGCUGUGCUCUCUGUCGCUGGCAUUGUGACUCUUUUUGCGUUGUAUUAUGUCACUACCCGGGGGAGACUGGGACAAUGGAAGGGUCAAGUCCGACAAAUGGCACACGAAGGAAGGCUCCACUGGGCGGCAAUCGUCAAUGAGUGCAGGGAACUUGCCAAGAGACGAAAAGAGGCUGACAGACCUGGGACCGCAUAA